AAGCUUGAUUGCUUAAAUUCCAGUUUAGCACGUUUCAUGGCCGAAUUUUAUUAGCAUGGACUCCUCGUACCUAAAUACAUUAUUGGAACAGUCCAACGUUGGUGACCCCCGCGUCAUCCACGCCCGAGCCAUCCGGACCGCCGCCGCGGACCGCUGCCUCCACCACCGCCUCAUCACCCUUUACUCCAAACUCCCCGGCCUCCUGCCCUACUCUGGUCGCCUCUUCUUCACCCAGAUCCCAUUCCCGAACGUCGUCUCAUGGACCUCCCUCAUCUCCGCUCACUCCGCCUCCCCGGCCGCCCUCCGCCACUUCGUCUCCAUGCUGCGCCAACCCACCCUCCCCAACCACCGGACCCUCCCCUCUCUCCUCAGGACCUGCGCCGCCCUCCUAUGCACCCACUUCGGGCUCUCCCUCCACUCCCUGUCCGUCAAGCUCGGCCUCUCCUCCGAGCCCUUCACGGGGUCCGCCCUCCUCAACUUCUAUUUCAAGUGCCGCUCUCCCCGGGACGCACUAGGGGUGUUCGACGAAAUGCUGGAUAGAGACGAGGUCUGCUACUCUGCUGCAAUCGUUGGGCUGGCCCAGAAUUCUCGGCCGGUCGAUGCGCUCUCAGUGUUUGCCGAAAUGAGGAGAGGCGAAAUUGGGUCUACAAUCUAUAGCAUUUCAGGGGCAUUGAGGGCGGCAUCGGAGAUGGCAGCAAUGGACCAGUGCGGGAUUAUUCACUCCCACGCAGUGGUCACGGGUUUCGAUCAGAAUGUAGUUGUUGCUAGCGCUCUCAUCGAUGGGUAUGGGAAGUCAGGAUUGGUUUUAGAAGCUAGGCGAGUUUUCGAUGAGAACUUGCCCAUUAUGAAUAUGGUCGGGUGGAAUGCAAUGAUGUCGGGUUAUGCCCAGCAGGGUGAUAUCGAGCCGGUCAUGGAGCUCUUGCACAAGAUGGAAGGGGGAGGAUUUGUUCCUGACGGGUAUACCUUCCUGGCUAUCCUCUCAGCAUGCUACAAUAGUGCCAGUUCGGCAGAGGAUGUCGAACGGUGGAUCGCUCGAAUGAGGGCUGAUUAUGGACUGGAGCCUGGACUGGAGCACUACACUUGCCUGAUAAGUGCAAUGGCCCGGGCUGGUAGAUUGGAGGAUGCAAAGAGGCUUGCCCUGGCUAUGCCAUUUGAACCCGAUGCUGCGGUGUGGCGGUCAAUCCUAAUGGCCUGCAGACAUCUGGGUGACGCUGACAAGGCAAGGGAAAUGGCAAAGAGACUGCUGGAACUAAACCCCAGCGAUGACUCGGCCUACGUAAUUGCGUCCAAUGCGCUUUCGACUGCAGGAGAAUGGGAUGAGGUCGCUGAGGUGAGAAAAGCGAUGAAGGACAGGAGAGUGAGGAAAGAGGUGGGCCAGAGCUGGGUCGAGACACGUGGGAGGGUCCAUGUGUUUAUGGCUGGUGACCGGCGGCACGAGAGGAGGGGUGAGAUCUAUGCAAAGCUAGAGGAACUGAUGUCGGCUAUUGAGCAGUUAGGUUACGAGCCUAUAAUGGACGAGAUGGUGCAUCACGAGUCGGUAGUUGAGGCAGAGAAGAGGGAGAGGCUUCAGCACCACAGCGAGAAGCUGGCAGCAGCAUUCGGACUCCUGGAGGGUGUCACACCACCCGGUAAGGCACUGAGGAUUGUGAAGAACUUGCGGAUCUGUAGGGACUGCCAUGAGGUGUUCAUGUACAUUAGCAGAGUGGUAGAUAGAGAGAUCAUAGUGAGGGAUGCGAACAGAUACCAUAGAUUUUCCGGUGGUGUUUGUACUUGCCGUGAUUUUUGGUGACCUAACUUCAUACAAUGGUUCCAUUUCUUCAUUUUACAUUUCCAUCAUUUCAUGGGCAAAACACAUCCAAUUUUCUUCA